GCCGUGACCGAGUGUCUGUCUGAACCAGAACACACAUCAAAAUAUGACAAAUUAUCACCUUAUUCACCAAAGACUCACCAAACAGACAGGGAAAGAGCCAAAUCUCUGCCUGUAGAUCUAUAUCAGGAUGAAUCUUUCUCACACAAGAAUCUAGUUCGUGGAAAGAGAGUUCAGUUUGCAGACAUGAUGGGGCUGAACCUCGCAAACAUCAGACACUUUGACAUCUCUGAUGAUGCAAAUGAAACGUGCAAUGUGUCAUCUGGACUCCGGCAUCAUCCUCCAAACCAAGAGCUUCAACAUGGCAGUGAUCUGAUUCCAGCACGUUUAGUGCCAGCAUUUGACAUGCCUAUUAGUUUGCUGGAGUUUGAUAUGAAGUCAAGCCGUCUGGGAGUCGCAUUGGAGAGUGUCACAAUAACCGCUUCUGAAGUGAAGGGCGUGAUCAGAGUGAUACAGAGCAACGCAAGAAGAGAAGUUGGGGUCAGGUACACUGUAAACAACUGGCUGACAUUUUCGGAUAUCCAAGCUGUAUUAAGACUGAAUGAAGAAAAAGUGCUACAGUGGGAACUGUUCGACUUUAUUUUGCACGCACCGCUCUUUUUGAACAAAGAUUCAUCUGUGCAUUUCGCAGUGUAUUGUCAGACUGAUCACGGGGAAUACUGGGACAAUAAUGAUGGAGAGAACUACACUUUAAAGUCAGCAUGAAACUGAAAUCACGAUUGUGCUUUCUUCUCUGUGGCCUAUAUCCAAAUGAAACGGCCUUUCGAACAAGAAAAAUGUAGGGUGGAUCUUGACUUUGUCUAUUGGGAAUUGAUUGGAUCAUUGUAUGGUAGUAGUUUGCUGUUGCUGUGAUGUCAUGUGAGUGACAGGUUGUCCCG